AUGGGGACUGAGAGGUCGCUUGCAACUUUGCUUCGGUCACUCCAGACCGUGGAUGGGAAUCGGGAUGCUUUUGGCCUCCUACCAUCAUCGACGGGACUUCUCUCUCUGCUCUCCAAUCCAUUGAACGUAACUUUAUUAUCCUCACAUCUAUUACACUCCCCAGCCCUGUGGAAUGGAGAAUUCGACCUGGAAACAUGCCGGCGCAUUCUCAGCGUUUUUAAUACGGCGGCGAUCAGCGUCGUGCACAAUGAAACACCACAACAGGGACCUCCGUCUUCAAAUAUUCAAAGGAGAGGGCUUGGGCGCGAGGAAUGGGUGAAGGCGGUUGUCCAGGGUGCGGAUGACAAGUCACCACGUUGGAGGCAUUGUAUUUUGCUUGGAGGGAUCUUGCUGGGGAUGGAGGGCCAGGAUCGACGGAAUCUGCCAUCGCACUUGAGGAAAAAACUAGAAUCGGGACUCAUGACGGCAUUCCAGCUUUCGCUGAACGAGCUCGAUUCAUACCCAAGAGUUGCGCGAUAUUGUAUUGCGCUGGUUAUGAAUUAUACUUUCGAAUUACUUGCGGAUUCCGAAAGAAGCCGAUUGGAUUAUAACAUUGCCCUUCCUCUUCUCGUGGACACCGCCUUUUUCUCUCCCGCAGGGUUUGAAUCUGGGUAUUUCCUAGGCGCGAUUGACCGGGACAUGCGCGAGACCCCUUCGAAAAAAUUCGAGUGGCAGGCCCAAUCCCCAACUUUUCUCCACAUACGCGCCAUCACCGCAAAGCCGCUUAUCUCCUCUCUGGGUCCCUUAUCGCGGCUAAUUGCACAUGGUAUUGAAAACUGCCAAGCACAGGGCCGGGUGGUGCAAGCGGUGGAUUCACUCCUUAACUUCUCGAGGACAUUGAUGGUUCAGUGGCGGCAGAAUAAGCUGUCAGAGGUUGAUAUCUCUGAGGAGGCGGAAUUCCUCGACGAGGCGUCACUCAAGACAACGAUACCUGUUCUUUGGCGAUUAUUGAAAACCUCCUUAUUUUCGAUCAUUAUUGUUCUAAGGGCUGUUCUAGGAAGGGUACUGAAUGAUCGUCUCCUUGCGGCUGAUGACUUUAACUUUUUGUUAGGUGCACCAACACUCGCUCGCAAAUCCUUACACAUUCUCCGCAAUAUCUGCUUUAUCUCAUCUCGAAUUGGACAAAAUACGUCUUCCCAGUAUACCUUUGUUAACCUUACUGCAAUCGACAUCCUCUCGCAGUAUCCAGCUGCCUCCCAAGAAUUUUUGGAGAGUAUCCGUCCUUCUGCAGCUGGCCGUAUUCCAGAUUAUCCUAUCGAUAGAUGUCUAGAUCUGUUUUUCCUAAACACAGCUGAACAUUUUGCUUUGAUACUAUCCCCAGCCGUUAACGAGGACCUGUUAAUCUCCGCUGCACUGCCAUAUCUUGCCGCUGGCGGCAACAACAAUCUUCUAGAAAUAUUUGAGGCAGCCCACAGCGUAGUACUUUCUGUUCUCGCAGCGCCCAAAAGUGCAAAUAUGGCGGCGAAGCAUCUCCCGUUUUAUAUCGACACACUUUUCACCUCUAACAAUAUAUAUAUGUCUCAGGUGUUCCCUCAAAAUCUCUCCGCUCGCCAAUUCCGCCUAGCCUUCAAAACCGCGAUCCAAAUCACUGCGCCCCCAUCCCCCUUAGCAAACACCCAACCUCUUCUCCCCCCAAUCCUCCUCGAACUUUUGUAUGACAGAGCCCUACACGCACCCACCAUCCCGCUACCACGGCCUGUUGCCUCAACCUCUGUCUCCGUCGACCUUAAUGCUCUCAGUAACAGCGCGCCCCCACUAUCCGAACAGGCUGUCCUCGCCAUGACCAUGAUCGACUGCCUAUGCUUCCUCCGCCUGGAUACGCUGGAGGAAUGGCUACCGCUCGUCGCGCACCUGGUCAAUAUCAUUCCCGAUAAGGGGAUGAGGCAGCAGUGUCAGGAGAGGUUUUGGGAUGCGUUGAGCAGUGGGGAGAUGGAUGUCGAUCGGGCGAAUUUCUGCGUUACGUGGUGGAGUACCAAGGGCGGGAGGGAGAUGGUGCUGUUUUCGUCUGAGGAGGAUGUGAAGAUUCCGUACAUGAGUGGCGGCCUUGGGGUGGCCGAGCCGCGGAGUAGGUUAUGA